UUGUUAAAUUUAUCAAAUUAAAUAAUAUAAAAAGUAUACACUAUACACUCCACUAGCUACAUGCCAACAAUAUAUUCAUACACUCCUUAUGAUUUCACCUUAGUUUCAAUCCAUUUAUCAGGAAAAAGCUGCACACUGCACCACAAAGAAUGCAGAUAAUUGCUCAAAAAGUUAAAUAGCUUUUUAAUGUGCCUUAAAAUAAUUAGCAUGAACAAACAUAGUGUAUAUAAUUAGCUUCAUUGAUCACAUAUUUAUUUUUUAUAUAGAAAGUGGUAACUAACUCAUUCAGCUUAUGGAUUCAGCUCAUUGCUCUUGGUUCCAAGCAUUAUUUUUCUUAGCAUUAGUUUGGUUCUUUAAUUGUGGAAGUGUUGAUGGAGUUAGUACUACAGUGAAAGUGGGAAACUUUUCAAAGGUUGAAGAUGCUGUAAAUUUUCAUAUUUACUAUGGUCAGACCUUCAAAGUCAUUAAGAAUGCUGUUGAUGGCCAGAGCUACCUUCUUCUCCAGAAUAACUCAAGGAUUGCAUCAAGGACAAAAUAUUGCACUUCAAGAAUCAAAUCAUUUGUCAUACCAUUGUCAAACUUCUCCGCUGAUACAGAUUCUUUUCCUGUUUCCUUCUUAGAGCAUUUAGGCUUACUGGAGAGCUUGAAAGGCAUAACCUCAGACACUGUGACUUCUCCAUGUGUGUUGAAAUUGUAUAAAGGAGGACAGAUUGAAAAGUUGAACAAAAGUGAUUAUCAAAUGCUUGCACAAUUUUCUGCACACUUCUUUGGUGACACUGAUCAACAGCCAGCUUGCAAUUUUGCAACUUCAGUUCCUUUUUCGGAGGAUACUCCUUUGCAGAGAGCUGAAUGGAUCAAAUUCAUAGGAGCUUUUGCAAAUGUUGAAUCUAGAGCCAAUCAAGUGUAUACUACAGUUAAGGAGAACUAUUUGUGCUUGGCUGAAAUCGCAAAAUCUCGAACUUCAUUCAAGCCAACUGUAGCUUGGAUGAAAUAUAAUAGUGGUGUUUGGUCAUUUACAAAGGAAGCCUAUUAUUUGAAGUAUGUGGAAGAUGCCGGGGGGGAGAUUUUGGAUGCAAACAAAAACACUUACAAUAUCUCUGAUCCUGAUGAUUUGGAGGAAUUGCAUGCCCUCCUAUGCACUGUGGAAGUAGUCAUUGAUGAAACAUUAGCUUAUGAUCCAGUCAACUACACUAUGUCAACAUUUAUCCAAAAUCUAAAUGUUGAAGAUCGUUCUUGUUUUUCCUUUCUUACAAACACAAGCCUAUGGAGAUAUGACAAACGGAUUCAAAGUUCGUCUCUUGAUUGGUACAAUGGAGCAGUUUCCCAACCUCAGUUGGUAUUAGCAGAUCUUAUUGAAGUUUUCUUUCCAACUGGAAAUUACACCAUGACUUAUUUCAGGAACCUUUUUAAGGGAGAAACACCUAUAAAUAUUGGUCCUGAAAUGUGUGACAGGGACACAUCCUCAACAUUGGAUCCUACCAUAGUACCAUGUGGAUGAUUUAUCUUUCAAGUUCUAAAUUAGGUAGAUUGUUAUUAAAACUAUUCUUUUUUUAUAUUCUUAUUUUUGAAAUAGGAUCUACACUUCUAUUUUAUUUUUUACGAUCGAUGAGUUUCUUUAGGUUUAUUCGGUAAUCUUUAAGUGAAAAGUUUAAGUGAAAAGCCUUCAUGAUAGUUUGGAGUUCUUUUCAUAUGAUUUGCACUUGGUAGUUGACAGAACAAUAGUUUUAUUGAUAACAUAGAAACAGUUGUCAUUUUGCAACAAAUACACAACUUAUUUGUAAUGAAUUAAAUGUGUGAGUAAGAUUUUCUUGAA